AAAAGUAAGUGUUCCAUUUUGUUCUUUGCUUAGGUUACCACGCUAGGAGAAAAGAAGAUGGGUUCUCUCACGCCGGGUUGGGAUUCACUGGUUUCUGAUCCUAAAGCAGUGAAGUACAAGAGAAAUAAGUCAUUAACAAAGGAGGAAAUAAAUUCUUAUUGGAGAUCAAAGAAAGAGCAGAAGGACAAGAAGGAAAUGGAGAAGGAAGAGGAUAAUCACUACCACCCAAGCUCAAGCUCAUCAGGGCAACUACUCAAUGAAAUCCAGGAGGGUAUUGUUGUUGACCCGGCAGAUAGUCAAACCAGUCUGGAUAAAUUGACCCAGACACAUGGCUGGUGGGUAAAGAGCAAUUGGGCACAUCUAAACGAGCCACCACCACCCGAGGAGGCGGUUCACCAGUAUGUUUUUCAGUUUCAUGUGCCGAACAAGGCUUCUGCUGCUACCUCCGACAGCAGCUCAUCAAAUCAUCUUCAUGCGAGAAUCAGCUCGUGAACGGUGCUGGCUUGUACGUCAUGCCCCGGCCACCAUGUAUUGGAUGUUUGUUUUUUUUUGCAGUCACACUUCGUAAUAUAUAUAUGUAAUGCUGCUAUUUGUAAUAAGGUUUACUUUUGAAUAAGUUAAGUUAGUGUAUGCCAAAAUAAAGAAAACCGUUGCUGGAAUUGCUGCCUCAGGGUGAUCCACUCCUACUUAGUUUUCUUUGUAUAAAAAAACAUUCUAUUUAACAAACUACUCCUACCUUAUAAAGAAAAGGUAGUCCUUCCUUUAAACUUGGUUUUAACCGAUUAAUCUGAGGUUGAUUUUUAUAUU